GUUAUCUCCAUCCCUAAAUCUCAAUGAUCCAAGGACGCCAAAUCUUCGCCACCGCUCGACGACAAUGGCCGACCGUCCACUACAACCCCAUCAAUAUCUUUCCCGUCGCUCAUCUGUUACUAUUCUGAUUGUGUCUGCAAUUCAUUGAAUGAACCUAUACUAGUAUGCUUCGAACUCGCGACAUUGUAGCUGCCUUUUUGGCUCUGAUUCUGACUCGCAUGGCAUGGAAUGAUCAAGCCGAGAAUUUAUCGGCAUCGAUCCACUUGUCUUUUUAUUUUCCCUUUGAACGCGAUCAAGUGCCACCCGCUGCCUUUGACGUGGAUGGCGAUGGCACGUCCGAAGCGUUGGUCACCAUGCUGCCGACGCUAGUGCACAAGACGAAUGGUGGACAACAAUUUGUACUGCAAUUGUUGGAUUUAAAGCCUCUUCAUUCGAGCUAUAGUAGUGCCAAGACGGGUGUAUUGGGAGCGCCCUUUCAACCACGGGAAUUGCUGCGAUCGGAUCCUAUUGUCAUGUCACAAGAAGAAGGAGAAGAAGAAGAACACGGUGGAGCGCCUGUGAAGCCGUUGCAGAUUGUGACGGGUCAAGUGAUGGUCCGUGGCAUUCCCAGGCAAUCGGCAGAGGCAGAUUUUGAUUCGAUGAAUCUCGAUGAACGAUCCAAGCACUACUAUUGUGGAAGUGAUUGGCACGAUGCGGCUAGCAAGUGUGGAACUCCGUGUCCCAGUGGAACGGCCGAUGUCUGUCCGGACAAUGAACGAUGUUAUGCCGACACACCGUGUGAUUCCAGUAAACCAACACAACAACGAGACACACUAGUUGAUGAAAUACACGAAGACAACUACCAUUUGACGCCAGCCGGGGGAUUGCCCAGUUGCUUCACCAUUUGGUCCAAUGGACAAGUCACCAUGCACAGUCUUACGUCACAGAAGGAAGAUGCCGAAAAACAAGCACAACCAACUAUACUAGAUCCAGCCAAUCUCACGGUGGCCAAUCUACAAGACAAACUCAAACGGACUCUCACAUCCAACAGCAAUAACUACAAGAAAAAGACGCCACUCGAAUUCCAAACCAUGUGGACCACCCAAGCAGUGAAUUUACCACAACCCAUUCGGAAUCCAUCACGCGUACAACUCACCUUUCUGGAUGCCUUUGAUGCCGUACCAGAUGCCCGCAAUGGAAUGCUCAUUGUCAGUGGAGACAUGUCCGCAGACAACCAACCACAGUUGCAUAUGGGACAAGAACCACAACAGGAUCCCAUGAAGGUCCCGCGGUUUGUCGUUGCGAUUGAUGCCAUGACGGGAGAAAUUCUAUGGGAUUCACUACAAAACUUUGCGGAACCCACCGAGGAAGCCGUACCACUGCCCGUACAACUCGAACGGGGACAAUCUUCUUUGGCGCGUCGUCGAUCCAAAGUCGCCAAGCUAGAUGAAUCCAUCGUUUCGGAUCAUCAGCAUCAUCAUCAACAAGGAAAUGAUGGAAAGGGCAGUGUCCUGCCCAAUUGUUUGAGUGGAUAUCGAUACUCGCUAUUGGGCGCCACCGAUGCCUUGCCGUAUGCGUAUUGGGGACCCGCCGAUGCCGGUAUUCGGGCCGUGCAUUUGGAUCAUUCCAAUACACAACGCAAAUUUCAUCGACACGAACAGCAUCACGCACACAAACAUCGUACACCAUUGUCGUCGUCCUCAUCGUCAUCCAUGGUGCAUCAGCCAGGAGAAACCAGUCCCCAUCAUCAUCAUCAUCAUCACCGAAAUCUAAAGAAAGAUAAAAAGGGAGGACCCCAUUCCAAAACCAAACAAUCCUGGCGGUCCUUCUUGCUCAAUCCACGCAAACAAAAACAACAUCAUCAUGGAACACACGGAGGACAUGUCCAUUUUGGAAGACCCAAUGUCAUUGUCAAUUAUCAUGCCGGAGGAUUGCACGUCCAUUCGCUCCAAAAUGGACAACCACUCUGUCGACUCGGGCUACUCGAAGAAGCACUCUACGUCGACUUGCAACGCGAUGGCGUCAUGGACACCAUUCAAGUCAUUACCAAUGGCAAAAAGCUCGUCGUCGAUCCCACCACUGGCAAUUACUCCGAUCCAUGGGUCGCCACAUUGGCCAAGAAAGUCACCGAUGCCGAAUUUCGUGAAAAAGCCCACAAGGAAAAAGUCAAGGAGGCCAAAAAAUCCUAUCAUCACGUGACACGAUUGUGUCAUGCACUGGCAUUGAGUGGGGUUCCGGCACGAGAAGAAUUGUUCUCGACGCCCCUCUGUGGAACAUCGGGUAAUAAGCUCACCAAUCAGGAGGGAGAAAAUAUGGAUGGAGCUUGGGUUCCCGUGCAUCCGGCGCCUCCGUUGGUGGUGGAGUCGAUGUACCCGCAACAUCGUCAUCGAGAAAAGGAUGUGGUGUUUGCCAUGAGUAACGGUGUCGUGUCUCGGGUUCGUGGUGGUACAGGUAGACGACAGUGGAAACUGAAUGGGAAGAACGUGGAAAACUUUCCCUCGUGGGGUCCCUGGGAGGCCACUCAGACGGUUUCAUUCACGCGAUUGCAAGUGGAUGAUUUCGAGGUGGCACCGUAUGCCAGGCCUCUUCUCUUGGUGGGGGAGAGCAGCAUGGCUCUACUGAGUGCCACAUCUGCCAACGUCUUGGCGUCCACCAAUAUCCCACAACGAUCGACGAGACGACCCAUUUUGGCAGAUGUCAGCGGCGACGGUGUCACAGAUGUCAUGGUGGUUUCCAUGAAUGGCGUCUGGGGAUAUCAAGUCAUUAUCCGCACUGGUGCAUCCAUCUUCUUUCGAAUCCUCGUGGGCUUGUUGCUCAUGGGCAUUCUUUUGGCAUUGUUACGGAAUAGAUACGGGAGUUCGUCGGUCAGGGAUCGCUACAAGAGGAGUACGGAUGCCUGAAAGGAGUGAUGGCCACUACCAUCGGGACCUUUUCUUUGUCGGAUAGGCGAUGAACCCUUUUUAGCUCCCGUCCCUAAUUUAUCUAAGUUAUCAGGUAGCAAGCAACUAGCCUUUUC